GCACACUCUCUCUCCUCUCAACUUCCCAUCACGCAGCAACCUCUUAUCUCUGUGCUACCUCGCUACUGUACAGUGCCUCGCCACUUUAUCUCAACGUCUCACCUCCAGCAACCUACAAACACCCACACAUAUACUCGGCACUGCUGCUCGGCCUACACUCAGCUCCACUCCAUAAGUAUCGUGAUCCAAGAUGAUGCAACGAUUGAAGGAGACGCGUUACAAGCUCGCCGGCGCUCUUGUCUCUAGCAAGGACAACGAUGGCGGCGGGCUCCAUCGUCUGCGCAAUGGUAACGACGAUGACAGCGUCCCAGCCGGAACGUACCGUAACCCGUCGCUGUCGAAGCCCAACCUUAUCCUGCAUUCCGUUGCAAUCUUCUUCACCUUCCUCGCAAUUUGCACGAUGGCCGCUGUCGCCGCCUUCCAGGGCAAGUGGUUCAGCGUGUCUGGCGGAACCGGGUUCACAUUGUUCCUUCUGCUGCUUGACUUUACGCUCCUCAUUGCUCUCUUGUCUAUCCCCUUGAUCUACGAUCGGUGGGACAAGGGCCGUCGACCGGCGCAGUUCCUCUCUCAGGCGCGUGCGGCCUUCAUCCUGCACGUGUUCGGCACUAUCCUCCAGGCCAUCGCCGCCUUUGUGGUCACCAUCUCGGCAUGGAGCAACCCUGGUUGUAAGAACCCCGACGAUGACAAGCGCGCCGAGGACCUCGGCGAUGACUACAAGAACGGCCUCGGCGGCUGGUGCCGCACUAAGAAAGCAAGCGGAAUUAUCGGCUGGCUCGCGCUCGCUGCGUGGAUUGGCCUCCUCAUCCUCUCGGGCCUUGCGUUCCGUGAGGACCGCCGCAACCACAAGGAGCCAUCGUUCAUUCCUCCCUCGUCGCCCGGUGCCCUGGAGUCGGGCAUGGGCCGACCCUAUGAUCCUGUCGGCGACGACGACGUCUUUGCGGACAAGUACGAGGCUUCACCUGCUCCGCGCCUGGACGAUGCGUACGCCCAGCCACGGCCCUACGCCCACGGACGGCCCGGUGUUCUCGCGCAGCAGGAACAGACGGCCAUGUCACGCCCGAGCGUCGACGCGUACGGCGCCUUUGACGGUGACAUGCCCGGCGCUCACGCACACGCUGAGCCGAGCCGGACAAUGCAGAUGGCAUACAAUGACCCUUACGCAGACCUGCGAGCCCAAGUCGUUGCAGAUGGUGGCUUUGGUCACCCCACGCCCCCACCGCAACACUACCCGUCCCCCUCGCCAGCCCCCGGUCGACCGGCCUACCCCGGGUACUGA